AUGUACGGAGGCAGAGGAAGAGGGCUCCGGCCUCCUCGGCGUCAUGUCUUCGGUGCCGGCGGCUUCCCGUCCGUCGGUUCUAUCCUCAAACGCCGGGACACGGGCAAAAUAAAGAGCUGUUGCGCAGCGCUUGGGCAUCCCACACCUAAUCUUACUCCGGAACACUUUUUCGAGGAUAAGAUCAAUGCCCUCAUUAAAGCAGCUGGUGUAAAUGUUGAACCUUUUUGGCCUGGCUUGUUUGCAAAGGCCCUGGCCAAUGUCAACAUUGGGAGCCUCAUCUGCAAUGUAGGGGCUGGUGGACCUGCUCCAGCAGCUGGUCCUGCACCAGCAGGAGGUCCUGCCCCUUCCACUGCUGCUGCUCCAGGUAAGAAAUAUCAGAUUUCUUGUAUUGGUUAGGAAGGAUGUGGUAAUAAAAAGGUACUACAGGCAAGAUU